AGACACCUUUGCGGAUCGCUGCGCAGACGCAGACUGUGAACACGGCAGGCUUCUUGACAUUAGUUGAUAACUUAAACAGCUCUUACCACCCUUCUGGCUUAAGAAAUUACAUUUUCUUAGUUUUCUACGAUGAAAGAUGUUAGCGGUUACCUCAAACAGCAGCAGAGUAGCAGCUCCACGCCAGAAAUGGCGGCGGAGUGGCACGCUUUGGAGGAUUUCUACAACAAAAGAUUGUGGCAUCAGUUGACUCUGAAGCUGACAGACUUUGUCAAAGAUCCUUUCUUCAAAACAGGAGAUGGCCUCAUACAGCUCUAUGAAAAUUUUAUCAGUGACUUCGAACACAGAAUCAACCCCUUGUCUCUGGUUGAGAUCAUCCUCUAUGUUGCCAGACAGAUGUCAGAUCCAAAAUAUGCCAUCACUUUUCUCGAGAAAACAAAAGAAAAGGUGAAAAGCAGUGAAGAAGCCGUCAUUCUUUGCAAGACGUCCAUCGGGAGACUGAAGUUGGAAAUCAGCGAUCUUCCUGCGACGAAGAAAAUUAUUGAGGAGGUGGAGGAGAUGUUGAAUAACUUGCCAGGAGUUACCUCAGUCCACGGGCGGUUUUACGACCUCUCCAGCAAAUAUUACCGCAUCAUCGGGAACCACGCCGCCUACUACAAGGAUGCUCUGCGCUACCUUGGGUGUGUGGACAUCAAAGACCUUCCAGAAACGGAGAAGCAGGAAAGAGCCUUCACACUCGGCCUGGCUGGACUCCUUGGGGAGGGAGUUUACAACUUUGGAGAGCUGCUGAUGCAUCCUGUGCUGGAGUCUCUGAGGAACACAGACAAACAGUGGCUUAUUGAUACUUUGUAUGCCUUCAAUGCUGGGAAUGUGGAGAAGUUCCAGGGCUUCAAAUCUGCCUGGGGGCAACAGCCUGACCUUGCAGCUCAUGAACCUAAGCUGAUGCAGAAGAUCCAGCUGCUCUGCGUGAUGGAGAUGACGUUCACUCGUCCUGCAAAUCACCGGCAGCUCACCUUUACAGAGAUUGCUCAGAGUGCUAAAAUCCCCGUUAACGAGGUGGAGCUGCUGGUGAUGAAGGCGCUGUCUGUUGGCCUGAUAAAAGGGAACAUUGAUGAAGUGGACCAGAAGGUGCAGAUGACCUGGGUGCAGCCCAGAGUACUGGACCUGCAGCAGAUAAAAGGCAUGAAGGACCGUUUGGACCUGUGGUGUGGCGACGUUAAAAACAUGACGGUGCUGGUGGAGCAGCAGGCUCACGACAUCCUCACCUGAGCAGGUGUCUCUGUCGUCCCACAGAGGGGCAAAUCUCACCAUUUCCUUUUUUUUUAACGCCAUAUUUUUCUUCUGUUACCCUCACUGUUUAAUAUCAGUCUGUAAGUUACGACAUGCUGUUUUACAAGCAGUUGUAACAUCACCCUCAGAAAACAACCCAAACUGUAAAAAAAAAAUCGAAA